GCAUUUAAAUACUGAUCAUCCUAUACGAAUCGGAACGAGAAAGCGGGUUGCUAAAGUAUUGGGCGAUUUCAUGGAUGCUUCCUUUAGCGAGUCGAAACCUCUUUGUUGGAAUAAAAUUCCAUUACCACCAAAUAUAAUCAAAACUACCCGUGGCCAUCAAAGUAGAGGACGACCACCAAAAUCCGUGAAGAACUCAAAUGAAGCUCAAGCCUCACAGGAAUUGUGUAGUACUUGCCCAAAAUACGGUAAUGCUAGUAGCCCGGUGUUUCGCCGCACUCAGCAAACGAGCCGAGAUACCGCACUGUGGUCUUUUUCUGAUGGUGGCCAUGAUACUCUGUGUGAUGAAGAAUCCUCACCUAUAGGUCCACGGACAAUACAACAUCAUGAGACAAGUAACGAAUCUACAACUAGUUACCACCAGAGAGAAACAGACAGUGAACCAGAACUCAUGACACUUCAAGCACCAGAAAAACAAUUGGGUUUGAACCAUACCCAUCAGCAAUCGAUUCAAAAGGGCAAUUAUGUAAGCGAGCCGGACGAACUAUCGGAUAUGCUACGUAGUUUAUCUUCCAGGGAAAUUUCACGUCUCCAAUUGAACCCAAGCAUUGGCCGUAUUAGGGAGCCUUAUCAACAACAAAAUAUCAUGCCAGGCCCAUCUUCUGUUGCAAAAUCCCAUCAACCAUUGAAUGUAAAUGGUGGCCAUGGAUUUCAUCCUAGUGAACAACAGUUUAUUGAACCCGGUCCGUCUUCAAGAGAGAUAGCCUGUCAACAACCAAAUAAAAUUCGACGCCAUACGAGUCAGCAUUAUCAGCAUCAGCACGCUCAUCUUGGGUCAUCCUCUGGAAUGAAUUCAGAUGCGAACGCAUUUCGUACUGAGCCAUGCAGCGGGAAAAAACGAUCGCAACUAAAUCAGACCCCGUCUCACAGUGCAUCAGAACUGUCGUCCACGAGAGCAGCAAAUGGUCACCAGUCACUGCGGCAAUCGAGCAAUCUUAAUGAAAUUGCAAACACAGUAUUUCAGGACUACGUGAAAAGAAAUAUUGAAUUCUUGAAAAUCCAUUUUCGAGAAAUGACUGCAAAAAUAGACGACCUGCUGGCUUCUAGGCCAAAACCUUGCAUAUGCACUAUGCAAAGAAUGGAAGAAAAUGAGGAACAAUUUACUUUGCCUAUGGACUCUUUCGGUGCCAUAGAGGAGAUGGAAAAAACCCUGAGCGACCAACAAACUCGGCAGCAAAUGGUUCUAAUUUUGCUCCGAAUGGAUGGGGUGAACCUCCAAAAAACAGUAUAUUCCAUAAUGGAAAAGCUGUUUACUUACGAAAUUGGAAUGCAAUAUACUUGGACGGGAAAACCCACAAAGGAGUUCGAGAAAGAAAAAUUUUCUAAUUUGACAAAUAUUUACGCUGCAAUUUGUGACCUUUCCGGUGAUGAAGAAACCUGAAUGAAGAUAAAGUUUCAAGUAACUGAAUGGCUUCGUCAUUGCCGGCAAAAUUUCUAUAAAAGAUCAAGC